AUGGAUGAAGAAUAUAACACACCUUCUUCAUUUGGGAAUUAUUCAUAUGAAUACUAUUUUAAUGAAAGCAAUAUCUGUGAUAGAGGCAACUACUUUGUGUUUUACACCCAUCUCACUACUAUCCUCUACACUCUGGCAUUUUUACUCAGCCUACUAGGAAACACUCUAGUGCUAUGGAUCCUAUUCAAAUAUGAAAACCUUACAUCUUUAACCAAUGUCUUCAUCAUGAAUCUGUGCAUCUCUGAUUUAGUCUUCUCCUGCAUGCUGCCCUUCUGGGUAGUGGACCAGUCCUUCGGGUGGAUUUUUGGUGAGUUCCUCUGCAAAGCAGUGAAUGCUGUUUUCUCCACUGGCUACUACAGCGGGGUUUUCUUUUUGACCCUCAUGACUAUUCUGCGGUACUUAUCUGUAGUGGAUCCCCUUUCAACUCUGAGAGCCCAGACACAGCGCUGUGGUUUUCUGGUGAGCUUGGCCAUUUGGACUUGCAGCAUUUUAAUUGUGGUUCCUGAGGUGAUUCACACCACUGUACAAGAAAGCGUGGACGGCAUGAAGACCUGUGAUUACACUGAGUGGAAAUGGAAGAAGGUGGACAUCUAUCAGAGAAAUAUACUCUUCCUGAUUUCCUUUGCAGUUAUUGUAUUCUGUUACUUCAAGAUAUUGAUAAUUCUCCUUGGAGCAAAAUCUCGCAGAAAGCACAGGACUGUGAAACUCAUCCUGAUUAUCGUGGUGGCUUUUUUCCUGAGUUGGGCACCUUACAACAUCCUCAGUUUUUUGACUACUUUUCCAUCACCUACCUGUCAGUAUGAAAAGGACUCCAAACUUGCCUUUCACAUCAGCCGUAAAAUUGCUUUCUCCCACUGCUGCCUCAACCCGGUGCUCUACGUAUUUGUUGGGGUCAAGUUCAAGAGGCAUUUGUUACGUUUAUUUAGUCAAUGUCUACCAUGUGGCACUGGUCAAGUCUCCAGCCCCAAGAUCUCUUCUCAAGGCAAAUUCCACUAUGAAGAUGCAUCCAUCUACUGA